CAUGUAACCAUGCCUUCUUCAUCAUCUUGAGAUGGAGAGGGUGUAUUUAAUGCGAUCAAGGGGUACAUACACAUUCAUUUCUAGACUGGCUGGCCAGAUUAACCAGAUGUAUCUUUCUUGAAAGUUGUUGUGACAGAUUGUUGUUCAUUAUUGUAGGAUAUUCAGUGGUUUGAUUCACAUAUGAACAACUUGGUAUACAGCGUUAUCACCAUGCAAGCCUUCCCCGUCUUUCUGGCUUCACUCGUUUUGGCCUUCGUUGCAGCAACAUCGUCCAACACAGCACAAGCGCAGAGGCAUCACAAGAAGAUCGUCAUCGGGAGAAGAGCUGGACAAGAAGAACUCCCUCUAUAUUCAGAAGACAGCCAUGCUAACUUUUUCUCUCUUUAUGAUAUUGAUGGUGAUGGGUUCUUAUCUCAAAGAGAAUUUUACACGCUGCCUCUGUACAGAGAUCCACCACCAUGUGAUUUAUCGUUGCUAGCUGAGGCAAUCAAAGACGAAAUCAAGACGAACCAAGAUGUGUGGAGGCGGUAAAGCCAUGUCAAUUACUUUGGUUAGUGAUUUUUUUUAAAUCACUAGUGUUAAUUAAAAAGUUGUAAUCGAACUGAUGUCAACCGAUUGUCUUUUUUAUUCGCUGGUGUCAAUCGAAAAAGUUUUGAGUAUAU